AUAUUAAAAAUGCAAUUGGUGAACUUCCUAUGGAUAGGUCUACUGACGUUUCCUCAGGCAUUCGCCUUGGAUGCAUGUGCAGGACAAAAAUUUGGAUAUAAAGCCGUUGAUCCAGCCGAUCCUCAUGCAUACUACUUAUGCUUCGGCUUGUUGGGAAAGAUUAAAAGCAACUGCGCGGAGGGCUUUCGAUUCAAUGUGCAAACACAAAACUGUGCACAACUCCAGCUGGCAAGCGUUCAACCCAAAAAUGCUAACAGCGGGGUUAGAAAUGAGUUCAACAUCAAUCAAAACAUAACCAUGGACAGGCCGAUUAUUUUUAACAUCUUUGGGGCCCUGUGGAAUAAGCCGCCGAAACCACCUUAUCGUCCACCAACGCCUACGCCACCGCCACUUACAACCACUUCUAACCCACUUCCUCAAAACACGACUGCUCAAGGGCUAAGCUCUAGUUCGCCAGUUACUUCAGAGAGUUCUACUCAAAGCUCAAGUUCUAGCUCCGAAGCCACACCUACCGAAAGCUCAAGUUCUAGUUCCAAGGCCUCCUCUACUGAAAGCUCAAGUUCUAGCUCGGAAGCCGCAUCUACUGAGAGCUCAAGUUCUAGUUCCGAAGCUUCAUCAACUGCUAGUUCUAGCUCUAGUUCCGUAGCCUCCUCUACUGAGAGCUCAAGUUCCAGUUCCGAAGCCUCAUCCACUGAGAGCUCAAGCUCCAGUUCCGAUGCCUCAUCUACGGAGAGCUCAAGUUCCAGUUCCUUAUCUACUGAGAGCUCAAGUUCUAGUUCUAGUUCAUCUACUGACAGUUCCAGCUCCAGUUCCGAAUCUUCAUCUACUGACAGUUCAAGCUCCAGCUCCGAAGCCUCCUCUACUGAGAGCUCAAGUUCCAGUUCCGAAGCCUCCUCCACUGAGAGCUCAAGCUCCAGUUCCGAAGCCUCAUCCACGGAGAGCUCAAGCUCCAGCUCCGAAGCCUCAUCCACGGAGAGUUCAAGUUCCAGUUCCAUGUCUACGGAGAGCUCAAGUUCCAGUUCCGAAGCCACCUCUACUGAGAGCUCAAGUUCUAGUUCCGAAGCCUCAUCUACUGAGAGCUCAAGCUCCAGCUCCGAAGCCUCAUCCACGGAGAGCUCAAGUUCCAGUUCCUUAUCUACUGAGAGCUCAAGUUCUAGUUCUAGUUCAUCUACUGACAGUUCCAGCUCCAGUUCCGAAGCCUCAUCUACUGAGAGCUCGAGCUCCAGUUCCGAUGCCUCAUCCACGGAGAGUUCAAGUUCCAGUUCCUUAUCUACGGAGAGCUCAAGUUCUAGUUCCGAAGCCUCAUCUACUGAGAGCUCAAGCUCCAGUUCUGAAGCCUCAUCCACGGAGAGCUCAAGUUCCAGUUCCGAUGCCUCAUCCACGGAGAGUUCAAGUUCCAGUUCCUUAUCUACGGAGAGCUCAAGUUCUAGUUCCGAAGGCUCUUCUACUGAGAGCUCAAGUUCUAGUUCCGAAGCCUCAUCUACUGAGAACUCAAGCUCCAGCUCCGAAGCCUCAUCCACGGAGAGCUCAAGUUCCAGUUCCUUAUCUACUGAGAGCUCAAGUUCUAGUUCUAGUUCAUCUACUGACAGUUCCAGCUCCAGUUCCGAAGCCUCAUCUACUGAGAGCUCAAGCUCCAGCUCCGAAGCCUCAUCCACGGAGAGCUCAAGUUCCAUUUCCGAAUCCUCAUCUACUGAAAGCUCAAGUUCUAGUUCCGAGGCUUCAUCUACCGAUAGUUCAAGCUCCAGUUCCGAAUCCUCAUCUACUGACAGCUCAAGUUCCACUUCAGAUGAGUCGACUGAGAGUUCCAGCUCCACUGCUGAGAACUCGUCAACUGACAGUUCAAGCUCUACUUCCGAGGACUCAUCUACCGACAGUUCAAGUUCUACAUCUGAGGAGACGACUGAGAGCUCUAGUUCCAGCUCCGAGGACUCAUCUACGGACAGCUCAAGUUCCACUUCAGAAGAGUCGACUGAGAAUUCCAGUUCCAGCUCAGAGGACUCAUCUACUGACAGCUCAAGUUCCACUUCAGAGGAGUCGACUGAGAGUUCCAGUUCCAGCUCCGAGGACUCAUCUACUGAAAGUUCAAGUUCCACUUCAGAAGAGUCGACUGAGAGUUCCAGUUCCAGCUCCGAGGACUCAUCUACUGACAGCUCAAGUUCCACUUCAGAAGAGUCAACUGAGAGUUCCAGUUCCAGCACUGAGGAUUUCUCUACAGAAAGCUCAAGUUCUAGUUCUGACUCCAUAUCUACUGAAAGUUCAAGUUCAAGUUCCGUGGAAUCAUCUUCAACAUCCGAGGAGUCAUCGACUUCAGAUGAAACUGAUCCAUCAGACAGUACCACUGAGAGCUUAAGUACUAGUACCGAGGACUCAUCUACUUCCGAAGAAACUGAUUCGCCAGAGAGUUUUACUGAGAGUUUAAAUACUAGUUCCGAGGAAUCAUCUACUUCAGAAGAAACUGAUUCGCCAGAGAGUUUUACUACUAGUUCCGAGGAACUAUCUACUUCGGAAGAAACUGAUUCGCCAGAUUCGCCAGAGGAAUCAGCUACUUCAGAUGAAAGUGAUCUACCAGAGAGUUCUACUGAGAGCUUAAGUACUAGUUCCGAGGAAUCACCUACUUCAGAAGAAACUGAUUCGCCAGAUUCGCCAGAUUCGCCAGAGGAAUCAGCUACUUCAGAUGAAAGUGAUCUACCAGAGAGUUCUACUGAGAGCUUAAGUACUAGUUCAGAGGAAUCACCUACUUCAGAAGAAACUGAUUCGCCAGAUUCGCCAGAUUCGCCAGAGGAAUCAGCUACUUCAGAUGAAAGUGAUCUACCAGAGAGUUCUACUGAGAGCUUAAGUACUAGUUCCGAGGAAUCACCUACUUCAGAAGAAAGUGAUUCGUCAGAGAGUUCCACAGAAGUAUUACAAACUACUUCAGGAGAAACUGGGUCCGAUGACUUGGACUCCGAAGAUCCAUUAUUUACCUCUGAAAGUCCCACAGAUGAAGGUGAUGAAGGUGAUGAAACAGAUUCAUCGACUACUGAAAGCAUAGUCGUCUCGCAGCCCUUUAGAGCUGAUGUAGAAAAGAGUGCUAAGAAAUUGGGCAACAUAUUAUGGAUACCAACAGUAGUCGAAGAAACCGAUUCCACUGCAGAAGCUGACAAAAACAUGUAUUGUGCCCUUCUUCCGAAUGGCGUGUAUCUAAGAGAUCCAGAUUCCUGUGCCAAUUUUUAUGUCUGUGCUAAUGGACGAGCCAUUCUUCGAAAGUGUCCCAGAAAUCUGUACUUUGAUAUCAUAAACAAUGUGUGCAAUUUACCCAAUCUCGUAGAUUGCUCCCAGAAACAGCAAUCAAUAUCCAUUCCGAAAUUAUUGACAUACAGUUCUGACAAUGCUGUUGGCAGUAGCGUAAAGCGGACACUAAUUAAAGAUAUAUUAUUAGAUGAAGGUAACUCCAUAUAUGACGAUCAAUUAUCAAAGCGCACCACUGAAGAGCUAGACGAUGAGUCAGAAGAAGAGUCAGAAACAACUGAGUCGCAAUCACUAAAAUUCCCAGCGGAUGAUAUCUUCGACCUUGAUCUAUCAAACACACUUAACAUAGAAGAAUAUAUUUGCAGCUCCCAGCCAAAUGGAGUACAUCUUAGACAUCCCCAGUCGUGUAGUAAGUUCUACGUAUGUGCCAGUGGACGCGCUAUUUUACGAUCUUGCCCAGUCGACCUGUAUUUUGAUAUAAAGAAGAGAGUUUGCAAUUUCCCUGAUGCUGUUGACUGCAAAAUUAACGAUGACCAAAGUAGAGGUGAUGGAAAUCCAUUCCCCUUGCCUGAUAGCCAGUUAGCAAGUUCAACAUUUAAACACGGUUUACCUUUACAUAAGCUCAAACCACUUCUAACAAAUAUGGUUAGAAGAGCGAAGUCACAUAAAACACACAAGGAGAGCCUCGAUAAAGUUGGUGGUGCUAUAUCUGACAGCAGCUCUUCUAACAAAGUGAUUCACAAUUCCAAGUCCAUAACUGCUUCCACCGUACAGAGCAACACCAGCUCUAGAGGAACUCAAGUCUCCGGAGCCGCACAGCUAGAGCAAAUCAAGUCAUCUGUAUCAGAUACUCCGAAAUCUAGUGAAACGGGAAUGUCCCCAGCGAAAUCUAAUCCCUCGAAGAAAACGUUAGAAGUAAGACGAGAGCAAAGCAAGCUAUCUGUAUCUGAAAGUCUCACGUCUACGGGAUCCGGAUUAUCCUUGCAGAAAACAAAUCUGUCAAAGGGUCAAGGCGAACUAGCUAAGGGAGCGGUAUUAUCCUCAACGAAACCCCUUCCCUCAAGGAACACGCCAGAAGUAGAGCAAGUGCAAGCUAUACCAUCUGUAUCUGAUAAAACAGACAUAUCGAAACUAAAGUCAGAUCAAUAUAAACUACAUAUUGCUCAGAUUCUAAGCUCAAACGAAAAUAAAUUAUCUUCAACUAAAUCUGAUCUUCCAAAAGGCACACCCAAUUUAAGCCAAAAGCAAAGCAAACCCUCCGUAGUUGAGAGCUCGAAAACUGAGGAAGUGGUAUUAACCUUAAUGAAAUCGGAUCUCUCAAAGAAGGACAUUCCAUCAGUAACACAGAAGUCGAAGGAAUCGGACACAGCAAAGCCAAAGCAAGUGCAAAUUAAGCCAGCUGUAGAUCAGACUUUGAAGUCCACUACAGAUGUAUUCCUCUCCAAGAUAACGAAUAAGUCAAAAGAUAAAAGCAACCUAUCUAUAGCUGAGACACUGAAGUUUAAAAACACAUCUUCAUCCACUCCUGUUCAUUCUGAGAAACUGAACUCGAAGGAAGCGCCAUUACCUUCGUCGAAAACGGAUCCCUCAAAGGACACACCAAAUGCAAAGCAGGACGUACCUAAACUGGAAGCGCCAUUACCGUCGACGAAAAUAGAUCCCUCAAAGGAUACACCAAAGGCUAAGCAGGAGAUACCUAAACUGGAAGCGUCAUUACCGUCGUCGAACACGGAUCCCUCAAAGGACACACCAAAAGCAAAGCAGGAGCUAAGUAAGCUGUCUGUAUCUGAGAAACUCAACUCGAAGGAAGCGCCAUUACCUUCGAAGAAAACGGAUACCUCAAAGGAUACACCAAAGGCUAAACAGGAAGUACCUAAGCUGGAAGCGACAUUACCUUCGCCGAAGACGGAUCCCUCAAAGGACACACCAAAAGCAAAGCAGGAGCUAACUAAAGUGGAAGCGCCAUUACCUUCGUCGAAAAUGGAUACUUCAAAGGAUACACCAAAGGCUAAACAGGAGGUACCUAAACUGGAAGCGUCAUUACCUUCGAUGAAAACGGAUCCCUCAAAGAACACACCAAAAGCAAAGCAGGAAUUAAGUAAACUGUCUGAAUCUGAAAAACUCAGCCCUAAUACCUUAAAGGACCCACCAGUGGCUAAACAGGAAGUACCUAAACUGGAAGCGCCACUGCCUUCGACGAAAAUGGAUCCCUCAAAGGAUACACCAAAGGCUAAGCAGGAAGUACCUAAACUGGAAGCGCCAUUACCUUCGAUGAAAACGGAUCCCUCAAAGAACACACCAAAAGCAAAGCAAAAAGUACCCAAACUGGAAGCGCCAUUAUCGUCGAAGAAAACGGAUAUCUCAAAGGAUACACCAAAAGCUCAGCAGGAGUUAAGUAAACUGUCUGAAUCUGAAAAACUCAACCCUAAUACCUUAAAGGACCCACCAGUGGCUAAACAGGAAGUACCUAAACUGGAAGCGCCACUGCCUUCGACGAAAAUGGAUCCCUCAAAGGAUACACCAAAGGCUAAGCAGGAAGUACCUAAACUGGAAGCGCCAUUACCGUCGACGAAAACAAAUCCCUCAAAGGGUACACCAAAGGCAAAGCAGGAGAUACCUAAACUGGAAGCGCCAUUACCGUCAACGAAAACAGAUCCCUUAAAGGGUACACCAAAGGCAAAGCAGGAGAUACCUAAACUGGAAGCGCCAUUACCGUCGACGAAAACAGAUCCCUUAAAGGGUACACCAAAGGCAAAGCAGGAGAUACCUAAUCUGGAAGCGCCAUUACCGUCAACGAAAACGGAUCCCUCAAAGGAUUCACCAAAGGCUAAACAGGAGGUACCCAAACUGGAAGCGCCAUUACCGUCAACGAAAACGGAUCCCUCAAAGGAUACACCAAAGGCUAAACAGGAGGUACCCAAACUGGAAGCGCCAUUACCGUCGACGAAAACAAAUCCCUCAAAGGGUACACCAAAGGCAAAGCAGGAGAUACCUAAACUGGAAGCGUCAUUACCGUCGUCGAACACGGAUCCCUCAAAGGACACACCAAAAGCAAAGCAGGAGCUAAGUAAGCUGUCUGUAUCUGAGAAACUCAACUCGAAGGAAGCGCCAUUACCUUCGAAGAAAACGGAUACCUCAAAGGAUACACCAAAGGCUAAACAGGAAGUACCUAAGCUGGAAGCGACAUUACCUUCGCCGAAGACGGAUCCCUCAAAGGACACACCAAAAGCAAAGCAGGAGCUAACUAAAGUGGAAGCGCCAUUACCUUCGUCGAAAAUGGAUACUUCAAAGGAUACACCAAAGGCUAAACAGGAGGUACCUAAACUGGAAGCGUCAUUACCUUCGAUGAAAACGGAUCCCUCAAAGAACACACCAAAAGCAAAGCAGGAGCUAAGUAAGCUGUCUGUAUCUGAGAAACUCAACUCGAAGGAAGCGCCAUUACCUUCGAAGAAAACGGAUACCUCAAAGGAUACACCAAAGGCUAAACAGGAAGUACCUAAGCUGGAAGCGACAUUACCGUCGACGAACACGGAUCCCUCAAAGGACACACCAAAAGCAAAGCAGGAGCUAAGUAAGCUGUCUGUAUCUGAGAAACUCAACUCGAAGGAAGCGCCAUUACCUUCGAAGAAAACGGAUACCUCAAAGGAUACACCAAAGGCUAAACAGGAAGUACCUAAGCUGGAAGCGACAUUACCUUCGCCGAAGACGGAUCCCUCAAAGGACACACCAAAAGCAAAGCAGGAGCUAACUAAAGUGGAAGCGCCAUUACCUUCGUCGAAAAUGGAUACUUCAAAGGAUACACCAAAGGCUAAACAGGAGGUACCUAAACUGGAAGCGUCAUUACCUUCGAUGAAAACGGAUCCCUCAAAGAACACACCAAAAGCAAAGCAGGAAUUAAGUAAACUGUCUGAAUCUGAAAAACUCAGCCCUAAUACCUUAAAGGACCCACCAGUGGCUAAACAGGAAGUACCUAAACUGGAAGCGCCACUGCCUUCGACGAAAAUGGAUCCCUCAAAGGAUACACCAAAGGCUAAGCAGGAAGUACCUAAACUGGAAGCGCCAUUACCUUCGAUGAAAACGGAUCCCUCAAAGAACACACCAAAAGCAAAGCAAAAAGUACCCAAACUGGAAGCGCCAUUAUCGUCGAAGAAAACGGAUAUCUCAAAGGAUACACCAAAAGCUCAGCAGGAGUUAAGUAAACUGUCUGAAUCUGAAAAACUCAACCCUAAUACCUUAAAGGACCCACCAGUGGCUAAACAGGAAGUACCUAAACUGGAAGCGCCACUGCCUUCGACGAAAAUGGAUCCCUCAAAGGAUACACCAAAGGCUAAGCAGGAAGUACCUAAACUGGAAGCGCCAUUACCGUCGACGAAAACAAAUCCCUCAAAGGGUACACCAAAGGCAAAGCAGGAGAUACCUAAACUGGAAGCGCCAUUACCGUCAACGAAAACAGAUCCCUUAAAGGGUACACCAAAGGCAAAGCAGGAGAUACCUAAACUGGAAGCGCCAUUACCGUCGACGAAAACAGAUCCCUUAAAGGGUACACCAAAGGCAAAGCAGGAGAUACCUAAACUGGAAGCGCCAUUACCGUCAACGAAAACGGAUCCCUCAAAGGAUUCACCAAAGGCUAAACAGGAGGUACCCAAACUGGAAGCGCCAUUACCGUCAACGAAAACGGAUCCCUCAAAGGAUACACCAAAGGCUAAACAGGAGGUACCCAAACUGGAAGCGCCAUUACCGUCGACGAAAACAAAUCCCUCAAAGGGUACACCAAAGGCAAAGCAGGAGAUACCUAAACUGGAAGCGCCAUUACCGUCGACGAAAACGGAUCCCUCAAAGGAUACACCAAAGGCUAAACAGGAGGUACCUAAACUGGAAGCGCCAUUACCUUCGGCGAAAAUGGAUACUUCAAAGGACACAGCAAAAGCAAAGCAGGAAGUACCUAAGCUGGAAGCGCCAUUACCGUCGACGAAAACGGAUCCCUCAAAGGACACACAAAAAGCAAAACAGGAAAUACCUAAACUGGAAGCGCCAUUACCGUCGACGAAAACAAAUCCCUCAAAGGGUACACCAAAGGCAAAGCAGGAGAUACCUAAACUGGAAGCGCCAUUACCGUCGACGAAAACAGAUCCCUUAAAGGGUACACCAAAGGCAAAGCAGGAGAUACCUAAACUGGAAGCGCCAUUACCGUCGACGAAAACGGAUCCCUCAAAGGAUACACCAAAGGCUAAGCAGGAGAUACCUAAACUGGAAGCGCCAUUACCUUCGGCGAAAAUGGACGCUUCAAAGGACACAGCAAAAGCAAAGCAGGAAGUACCUAAGCUGGAAGCGCCAUUACCGUCGACGAAAACGGAUCCCUCAAAGGAUACACCAAAGGCUAAGCAGGAGAUACCUAAACUGGAAGCACCAUCUUCAACGACUGCUGUUCCUUCAAAGAAUACAUCUGGAGCAAAGCAGGAGCAAAACAAAUCAUCCGUAGUUGCAAGUCCUAAGCCAAAGUCGAAUGCAAAUCUCUCAAAGAAUACGUUAAUCACAGAGGAACACAAAACCAAGCCACCUUUAAAUACGGUACCAACAAAAACGGCCAACGAAAAAGUAUUACAUUCAACGAAAACGAAUCGGUGGAAAGAGCCAGGCAAACCAUCUGCAGAAGAGGCUUUGAGGUAUAUCAAACACCUUAUGUCUUCAACGAAAACUGAUCUAUCAAAGGACCCAUUAGCGUUAAAGAACUUAGAGAUUGUGGCCAGAGAAGAUAAAACUAUUGUGCCUUUGGAAGACAAGGAGGACUUGGAAUGCAGCUUGUUACCCAAUGGUGCUUUUAUAAGAGAUCAAAAUCUUUGCUCUAAGUUCUAUGUGUGUUCCAACGGACGAGCUGUACCACACAGCUGUCCGAAUGUUCUUUAUUUCGACAUCAAAAAGAAAAUCUGCAAUUUCCCCAGCCUGGUGGACUGCACAAACAGCGACAAAGAAUAUAGCCUAGCUCCAAAUAAGCCUUCAAGUCCGAGCAAUAAUUCCCUAUCCGAGCCGGAUGAUACGCCAAUUCCAGAUUGUAGCUUAUACUCAAAUGGCGUUUAUCUUAGGCAUCCGAGGUCAUGUAGCAAAUUUUAUGUCUGCUCCAAUGGAAGUGCCAUUGCCAGAGAGUGUCCUAAGGGUCUCUAUAUUGAUACAGAGAUAGGAUAUUGCAAUUAUCCCAGUCGCGUGCACUGUUCCAUCGAUAACCCACCCAGCUCAAGCGCUUCUGAUAUUACAGACACAUCGGUCAAUUGUAUCAAUAGAAGCGAAGGAACCACUAUGCGAGACUCGAUGCUCCAUAAUAAGUAUUACGUCUGCAGAAACGGAACUCCAGUUACCCACUUCUGUGACCCUGGAAAAAGCUUCGACCUCAAUCGAGGGGUCUGUGCCCAGAAGUACUUGGACAACUACGAUAAUUAAGUGAACGAGGCUUUAAUGUGUCUAACAACAGUAAAUGUAUAUAAAAGGUGUAGGGUUUUACAAUUUGGAUAUGAAUUAGCUGGCGUCUAGUUAUGUAAGCCUAUAUAUUUUAUAGAUUUGGUUAGGGUGUUAUAUAUACGAUAAUCGAAAGCGUAUUCCAACUUUAGUAUUGUAUUUCACGGUAAUAAAUCAUAUUCUAACAUGAUGGGAUUUAUGCUCGCAACGUAUAGAAAUU